CGAGGGAGCAUGUGAUGGUCAGUGUCCGUCUCUCGAUCGUGUGUGAAAUGAAGUGUAUAGUGAUAAAACUCAAGACAUAAGUGAUCGUUUCAGAUUUCUAGUGUAUGUGACGCUUUAGUAAAAGAGUUAAUUUACAGAUUAAUAUUGAAAAUGAUUUAAUCGCCUACAAAAUGCAGUCCACAAGCCUAGUCCUGACCUUCACGUGUGUCCUUUUGCUGACCUGUACUCAAGCUAAAAUAGGUUAUUUCUGGCAUAUAACGGACUUUCAUUAUGACCCAUUGUAUACAUCACAAGGUGAUACAAGAAAACAUUGCCGUCGAACCGAUGAACGAGGCAGUUCAGGCCAUCAUCGAGCACUCGGACGAUUCGGUGACUACUCAUGCGACAGCUCAUUAGAUCUCAUACAAUCAGCUCUGCGGUAUAUGCGUACGAGGCAUUCGGAAAAUGUUGAAUUCGUGCUAUGGACUGGAGAUAUCAUAGCCGCCGGAUACAAUACGAAUGAGGAUGAUAGGUACCAGGCGAUAAGAAAUAUGACGGAGCUCCUUCGAAUGACAUUUAGCUCGCAUUUCGUUUUCCCCGUAUUGGGGCAUACGGAUCCAGCCCCUUCAGAGAGGUUAACGAAUUUAUGGAGCCAUUGGUUGCCCAUGGAAGCUUUGCAAACCCUGAGAAAUGGUGGUUACUACACAAUAGAGCAAACACAAAGCAAACUUCGAAUUGUAGCUCUAAAUACAAACCUAUUUACACUACGAGAAGAAAACACGCUACCUGCCCGUCGGCAGUGGGAGUGGCUCGAAAAAGUCCUCGAUAAAGCUACUACAAAUAAAGAGAUGGUAUACAUAGUGGGCCACGCAGCACCUGGUUCGGAUUCCCGAUACAAUACGUUAUCCGUGGACGCGAACGGGAAGUACCUACGAUUGGUUCGCCGCUACGCCCGUAUCAUUGCCGGUCAAUUCUUUGGCCAUUUGCAUGCUGAUACCUUCCGUGUUAUAUACGAUAAAGAAAACCCCGUAUCUUGGGCGUUAUUAGCGCCGUCCGUUAGCCCACAUCGAGAGCGAGGAGGAUCCUCUAACCCUGGUCUCAGGCUGUAUAAGUUUGACACCGACACUGGAAAGGUCUUGGACUACACACAAAUCUAUUUGGAUCUAGAGACGGCUGAUCGUGCAGAUUCAGGAGCGGAGUGGGUAGCAGAAUAUAAUCUCACACAGUAUUAUGGCCUUCGCGAUGUAUCUGCCGAGUCACUCCAUAAUUUAGCUGAAAAGCUGCGAAUUGCUUCUCCACUUGAAACGUCAUACUUUAAUAAGUACAUUCGAGCAUACAGCGUUAAAUAUGACAGCGCACACAACUGCGAUGGUGCGUGUGCGCAUCAACACUUCUGCGCAAUCACGUGCCUUGAGCAUGUAGCAUACAGACAGUGUGUGGAAGCUGCAGCUAGCGCACUCGCAGCUUCUGGGCGAUCUGUUGCGCUCGCUCCGCUUGUGAAUGUAGUCUUUACCCUUUUAUUUAUUGUAAUAAGCAUUUGUUAGGAAUCAAAGUGACUGAACAAUUUUAGUAUUAGUGGUAAAAUGCUCAGGCAGUUUGUGAUAUUCAAGUAUUUGAGAGAGUGAAGGAUUUUCUGCUACAAUGUUAUGCUGUCUAUUUGUUAAGUUACUUUUAAUUGAUGUAAUUGUGUUAUCAAGUUUAACGGGUUACAUUUAUGUACUAAAACGGAAUGGAAAUUAUUUAUUUAACUGUUUAAUAAUAUUACCAGUUUAAAAAAAUAUAAUAUUUAGAAUUUUUAAAUAAAUAAUAUACCCAAAACGGAUUACGGCAAAUAUACAAAUAUUAAACUUAAAGUUUAAUUUAAUAAGCACACGCAUAGCAAAUAAUAAUUAUAAUUUUUAAAUCAACUCAGAUGGAUGUUUUAGAAAAGUACUAGAUUCACGAUUUCUUUGUAAACAAAAAAGCUUGUUUGUAAAUAUUUUUUACUAAAUAUAGUCUGCUAAUGCAAAAGCAUUUUAUAAAAAACUAUUCGGGAUUUGCAGGUUGUCUAUUAUCCAAUGUUAUGAGGAUUGAGUUUGUGUUUAUCCAAUGUCAAUUUACUUCCGGUUUGAUAGUUUAAGACCUUAGAUUUAAACUAUAUCUUCGUAAUCGUUGUAAAUUAAGUAUUUUAUCUUAAUGUAAAUAUUUUAAUGUGCAAUUCAUACGCGUUAUAAUAGCAAAUGCAAAAACAGGCAUGUUUUAUUUUACCCUCAAAUUUAUAAAAAUAAUAGGUAUAUAGAGAGUGUGAAAGUACGUGUAGGCCGCAGCCGCCCUUAGAAGACGAUUCCGAUUCGCUCCGCUUGUAAACACAGUCCUUAUAUGUAAUGUCUUCUACAUGUUUCUCCCGGUUAGGUUAAAUGCUUGUAAAGCUUCAUAAUUUAGAUAUAAAGAGAGAUGUAAGUCAAACUCUUAGCGACUAUUUGACCUGUUUACUCUUUGGGGUGCAGGUGUGAGUUAAAUAGAUAAAAAUAAGUUUGCGGUGUCCACGGAGACUUAAAAUAUAAAAUCUUCUAUAGCACAUUAUUUUUACAUUAUAAUAACAUCAGGUUAUAAUAGGAUACAGUGCUCGGUACGUUGUAAAAAUUGCUAUCUUUUCGUAAUAAUUUUUGCACCUUUGUUAAAUUUGUUGGAAUCCAUAUUAAGCGUUGAAGUUGCAUGCAUUUAAAAUUAAUUAGACGUUUCAUAAUUUGAUUUUUAAUUUUGUAAUUUUAAGAAAUUUUUGUAUAUAAAGUAUAUUAAAUUUCUAAACGUGGAACAACUAGUUGAUAAGAUAUUAUUGAAAGCUUUUAAUUUCAGGCAAUUUAUUUUUCUCGAUCGUGCGAUAAAAAUUCAUUGGUUAUGAACCAACUCGGUCAUUAAAAACUUAUUGAGGUACAGAUACCGGCAAACUUCUUGAGCAUUUAACAAGGGAGUGGGGGAAAGUUAACGCGUCAUACACAGCGCGGGACACAAACGUCAACUAAUUUCCAAUCAGGCGUUUGACACGUCACUCCGACGUCCCGCCGCUGCGCACCACCGCACGCAAGUGAUUCCUAAAAAUCGCUUCUGCGCAGGCAAAAACAUUUGUCCAAGAUGUUUGCCGGUAUCUAUAAUAAUCAUAACUUCUCUAUCAUAAAAAUAAUUAGCACACUACUUUAUUUGUGUCUAAAGUUGGUUUCACACCGACACAAUAAAAAUUAAAUAUAAUAAAUUUAUAUUACGACACACUCAUUAAUAAUACAGUAGAAUUGUUCACAUUCUAAAUUUUAAACUUGUCUAUGAAGGAUUUGUUCGUUCGUUUUUGUUAUCUCUCCAUGUGUUAUGUGUGCGAUGAUAUGUUACAAACAAAAACUUAUACACUUUCGUUAGAAAACUACUUGACGUAAGAGAACAAACAGCUUUCGAUAGAAAUCCAUUUUUAGACAAAAAUCUAUGGUUAAACCUUUCGUUCGAGAAAAAUAAGUACGAGCCCCACACUAAGACCAAAAUGCUGAUUAUUUUUGCUGUAGCAUAUUAUUUGUA